AUGUCCAUGCGCACCGUCCUGUCUGUCGCCAUGCGUCCUGCCACUACUGUCCGUGCCCUUGCUCGUUCCAUGUCUUCUUCUCUUACUCCAAAAGAUUCUGUUUUAGAAAAGGCUGUUACCCCCACUUUAGAGCGAAAUCUUGUUGAAGCCGAUAUUCUGAGUGGUGCUCCUCCCGAGAUUGCUCGUCAUACUGCCAGAAUCUAUCAGCCUGCUAAGUCUGCAACACAAUCUGGCACGGCCGGAACUCACUACUGGAAACUGGAUUUUGAUACCAAAGCUAGAUGGGAGAACCCUUUGAUGGGUUGGUCUAGCAGUGCCGAUCCCGUACAGGCUCUGAUGAUCAAAUUUGAUACAAAGGAGGAUGCAAUUGGGUUUGCCAAGCGACAAGGGUACGACUACUGGGUUGAGGAGCCCAAAAGCAGCCACUCUCGAGUCAAGGUUUAUGCCGAAAACUUUACUUACUCAAAGGGAAAACUUCGCAUGAUUCGAACCAAAUAA